AUGGCUGGCAGGCAUCAAGCACAAUUCACGCGUUAUGCCUCGAUGAAUGCAUCGUAUCCCAAUGUUGGACCCACCAACGGCGGCAAUCCCCAUGGCAAUAGUGGUAACAACCUCGGCGUGCCUUUCCCGACACCCAAUGGAGGUGGACCAGCCCAAUCGUCGUCGCAGAAUCUGUCAGCAGCAUCAGUAUCGUCUACAGGCAUGGCAGGAGGAUCAUUAUAUCAUACAACAACGCCCACAAUGACAUCGCCCUAUUCCACUUCAUCGUCGCCUGGUUAUCAUUCACCCAAUUUUCAAAGAUAUGGCACACAUCAGCAUCAUCGUCAUCGUCACAGCAACAAUCUCCAGCUCAGGAAAUAUACCCUUACGCCGCCUACUCCACAACCUCUAAGCAAAUCAAUGAAGUCGCUUGGCUAUCCCGGCAUGUAUUAUCAACGACCAGAUCAAGAUGAGGAUAUCAUGACUGAAUCAAAUGUUCGCAAUGGUUUCAUCGAUCGACCUGCUGUUUCGAAUGAACAUACCUGUGCUCAUGAUAUGGUGUACAGCAAGCUACAAGAUGAUCAACGGAUAUUGGGUGAAUUAGGUGCAUUUGCUGUCGACGUUUUAAAAAGGAAACAGAACGCUGCUCGCAUUACAGGACCUUCCACCUUCAGGCCACCCAUGCGAUCUACGUUGAUAGAACCCAAAAAGGAGCAAUGGAUGCAAGAUUUGGCCAAUUCGACUAUUCCCUUACGCAAGCUUGCUCGUAAUGUCCCGCAUGGCUUCAAGAAUGAAAAGUUAUUGGAGACACUAGCAGCAAAACAAGUGCCAUUUUUACGUGCAACAUGGUAUAUCAAAGUCGUCGGAUUAUCUGAAAUGCAAAGUCAACGUAAUACAAACAACCAUGGUGACGACCCUCAUCACAAAGCUUGGACCAAAAUAGUCACCAACCAUCUACAAAAGCAAUUGAAGGAGCUAUCACCCCCUCAGAGCUCCACUUCAUCAUCAGCCGUAACGACAGGUCGAGGUUUUAAGAUUCAUCCAAGCACACCCAACAGCCAUGAGAAUAUGUCGAGGGCCUGGUCAUCACCUGAGAGUCGAGCCCAAUUUGAGCAACGAUGGGCCUACACCACUCAGUUGACAAAAUGGCAAUAUUGUGAAGGCUUACUUGAUCAGCGUUACUUUUUGAAGUGGAGCCUGGACGUUUUAUCAAAGCACCAUUCGUUUGAAGUCAUAUGGCUCAUGCUGACAUAUGUUGUACAAGACUACCUUGAUGAAUAUCGAACGAAUCGAGCACUCAUGCAUAUGCUUAUCAAACCCUUGGUCAAGACGUAUCAUGCGCUUACUCAAGUCUUGGGCCAAGUGACCAAUGAAGGAUUAUUAUGGGUGUAUGGAGAGAUCAAAAAGCACAUUGAGCGAUUACUGCAGUCGUUAUUCUUAUCUACGCCCGACGUCUUUGUCAUACCCAAGCUUUAUCAUCAAUAUCGCCACGUAUUUGAUACAAUAUUCGGUGAAGAGACUCUCAAGGAUCCAUCCGUCGCAUUACCCGAUAUAUGUCACGUGAUGCAGCGAUAUUGGACAAUGGUGAAGGCUCGCAAUGAAGUAUUCUGUGGGACACUUGAGGAGAAUCAGCUACUCUCUGACAGCAGCAAAGCCAUGUUACAAGCUGUGGACACCACAUCGGAUACAACUUCAGAUGAUGCACCACGACAGGGUCAAAUGACCGAAGAUCAAGUGAUACGAAUAUUGGAUAGCAUUGGACGCAACAUUGACAGCGGCACGGGAUUAAUGAUCAAUGAGAAUGGAUGGGUGGAUUUACGUGGACAAACAGCUACAACAGCGUCGCAUGCUAUUUUCGGUUCCACCAAAGGUGCCAUUGAUUCAAUCCAGCAACACGUUAGCGUCAUGUGUCGAUGGGCUACCAGCGAUUCACGUCAUGGUCAUUGGCGACCAUACUUAGUGGCGUCCAUUUUGCUGCGUUGGCGUGAUCAAAAUGCUACUCUACGCAAUAGCACACUACAAGAUGCGCUGAUCAAAUGGUUGGAUGCUGAGAUGGAUGCUGGGCAUGGACAAGAUAGCAACGAUAUGGUUAACGUUGAUAUGACAAUGGAUCAAGUAGUGGAUGAACCCAAACCAGCAGUGAUUCUUUUGUUUGAUACCCUGAUUCGGAUGCAACUCUUUUCAUUUCAAAAGUUCCUUCUUCGACUUAUUGCACGAGGCGACUUGGAGCCCAAAAAGCGUGAUCAACCACGCACACGUUGCUGUCUCAAUUACCUCGCCGCCUUUCCAUUAACACCAGCACCAUCAUCCCUUGUAAAUCAACGUCGUAUCGCUCUUUAUGGUACCCGCAAUGGCCAAGCAAGCAAAGUGGAGGAUGACACGUUAUUACAGCUGAAACGCCUAGCGAAAUUUGCAGUGGCAGCUUCACCCGAAGACGCUGAGAAUGACAAUGACAUUGAUUCAUUGUUUGGAAAGGAUGCAAUCAACCUCACACAACCAAUCACUGAUGACAGCAUACAAUCAUUCGAGCUUUCAUUAUCCAAUGCACUUGAAAGCGAAAUAUUACCCAUUCUACGCAAUGCCACCAGAUACACCGUGCUGAGCUUUACUUCCGAUUGGCUUAUCCCUGAAGUGAAACGAUUCGUUGUUAAGAGCGUUCCGAUUGGCGAGGACAAUUGGAGGGUCAUGACAUCCCCUGGUUCCUGUUUGCUGAAUACUCGACAAUACGUUACCAUCAUCAAGAUCUUGGAGUAUGCGCAGGAUUAUUUAAACGUCAUUGACCUUGCAUUGUGGAUGUUGGACAAGAGCAACGAGCGUGUACUUUAUUCAUUCGCUAUUGAUACCCUUCGAAAGCAUGCCAGUGUGUGGAAGCUGCUCAACUAUGGACAACGUAUAGCGGAUGCGAUUUGGGAGAAGCAUCAAACCUUGCAGAGCCAAGGUAUACGAGAACGCUGCCUGAUGAUGUACAUGAUCCAAUUGGUACAAGAAGGUUAUUGGAUAAGUGAUGAGAAACGUGCCCAACUCCAACAAGAUCUCCAUUUUAAGCCAAAAGCACGUACACAGUAUAUGGGCCGAAAUUCCACAUCAUUAUCUAGCGAGUUGAAUCAGCUUGUGCGCAACCCAACAAUGAGCAGUGUGCAGAAUGCUGUGGAUGCUGUGGGUGGAGGAGGACACAAUGCUGGUGCCGUGAACAAUUUCCUACAAUCAGUGUUUGCGACUGCGUUUGAUACAUUACACCAAUACGCCAAGGAGAAUCAAAUCACCUCCCUAAGCGUUGAUCAAAGAGAACCGAUAUACGAAUUCCGACGACGAGUAUGCUCCAUGGUCGAUUUCAUCAAGGCAAUAGCUGAGCAAACGACAUUGACGGGGCAAUUGGAUCAAGUAGUGAUACAAUGGUUACAGCAGCACUGUAGCCCAUCAAGUGCUACCAAAUUGGAUGAUCUUUAUGAGCAGCACACGUGGCUUCCAUUGUUUUUUGCGUUACUUGUGACACGUCGCCUUAUCAGCAUUGAUUUGAUACUCAAACACUUUUGUCUCCCCUGGCUCAACACCAUUGGUAUCGAAGCACAACAACGAUGCGAAUCUCAAUGGACUGAAACAACUACAGAGACUCAACCAUUACGCCAAUUAUGCAAGAAUAUUAUCAUUUUGGUGCGCAUGCUCGUUGUACAAGAGAAUCCAGAGAUGAAUCCCAUGAUGGAUGAGAAUCAAGAUGUUCUUGAUAGUCUUUGGAUGCUCCGUGCUGAAGAGAUUUUCCAGCUGCAGGUGCAACGGCAACCCCAACUUGCAACCAAUCUCGACAAGCUCGAUAACAUGUUUGGAUUGGUCCAUAGCACGAUCACCAUUGUUUCGAAUCUUCCAUUCAGCAGCCUGCUUAUUCAAGAUCUCGUCAAGCUACGCACUGAUUUGCUCCAGCUGGAUUGGUUCCGUCGAGCUUGCACACGUGAUGUCAAUAGUAUUUAUCAACACUUUACAACAGGGGCAACCCCUGCCAGUAGCAGCACCAGCAGCACCAGCAGCAACGCUGUAGAUGGCGGUGAUGAAAUUCGUAAAAAGAUGCUGAGCAUUGUUGACGAGUUGAUUGGUGGCAACAUGAACCUUGUUAAUGAGGCACCGGAUAAUAUGGUCCCGACAAGUAACGAUAUGGAGCCCAACUUUGGAGAAAGACUGCAAGCAGUAUUCGCCAAUCUCAGCCAAUGGAAUGAAGAGCAGUGUCGUGUGCAGUUCAAUUUGCUUUUGGAUAAUAUCAUGUUACCGCCAUCCUCAUCCACAAGACAAACAUCACAAAAUGAGAAUGGCACUAGUGGUAGUGGUGGUGAUGAUACAACAACAACAGCAGCAGCAACGACAGCCAAUGUGAACGCCACUGCUUCUGAUAAUGUCGUACCAAAUAAUACGACUUCAAUGGACCUGGAUUCAAGUCCUGCACCAACAGCUUCAAUCGACUCCAACAAGGAAUUGGAUUUGUUUGUGAGAUUUUAUUUUGAUGCAGUAUUGUUUUCGGCAAACGAUAAUGAAAUUGCGACAAACGCCCACCAACGCCGAUUCGAGUUUUUACGCAAUCUCAUCCAGGGACUACGAAAACCAGUCCUAUUGGCAUUAUUGGAUCAUGGCAUUCGCAUGUUGGAAGGUCACGGUGCUGAGGAGCUUGGAUUCCCAUAUACGAUUCUACUAAAGAGCCACAACAGCCAUCCUGAUCAAGACAAUGCACCCUGCUUUUACAGUGGAGAACAAUAUGCUCAACAAUGCCAAGCGUUCUUCCAAAUCAUGCAACACUUGUUGGCCAAAGAUGUUUGGAGCGAUACUCAAAAGAUUGCCCUUGUCAAGGCACUCUUCCGUCAAGUGGAGCAAUUCAGGAACGCCAUGGCGGUAUACAUAGUGAUGGAAAGCACAGACCACGUGUCCUUUGCGGAAGCAUCCCGAGCAAUCCAAUUGACUAAAAGCUUGGAUUUGGCAGUGACGAUGCUUAAAACCGAAGGACUACCCGAAGACGAAGCUCAAAAUGGACCUCGUGUGAUGAUUGAAGAUAUCCGUAUCAGCCUCUUACUCAGAUUACGAUUGCUCGUUCCUUUUGCAUCAUUGAUCUGGGAACAUCCAAAUGCUGACCAAUGUAACAUUGUGGAAUGGCUCCGCUUGCUAGUGUCACUUUUGGGGAAUGCUAUCGUCCAUGGCAACGGUAGUCAAGAACGCAUAUUUGAGUUUGUGCUGGAUUUAGUGUCGCUACUUAUUGAUGCUGAGAUCCACUUUGACUUGAAAAAGGUUUGCCUUGGCCAUCUCUCGUCAAUGCAUGGAGAAUUGAGUGGAUUGCCAGCCAUGUUCCAUUCCCGAGUGAAGCGGAUUCUACCUUACUUGGCACACAACAUCUACUUAUCCAACACGCGUCUUGCAUCGUCCUUACUUGGAGCACCGAACACGACCGAUCCACAACAGCAACAGCAACAUGUGGAAGGAUGCAUGAAUACUUCAAGACCGUGGGAAUGGCUCGAGGAUUAUGCAAAUGAACCGCCACAUGUCAAUGAUGCACCGAUUAGCCUGGCACUUUUCCAUGGAUGCAAGGCUAAAAAGUCCGAGAACACCUAUGUACGAUGGUAUCAUUUUGGCUUUGACGAUGGCUUAACUACCAUUGCGGAUGAGGAUGAUGAUUCAACGGCUGUUCACGUGGGUAUGGUUGGUUCAAGUCAUCGUAUGGGUCGCCGGAAAAAGCAGUUACCACAAUCAACGGAUGCGGCACCUAUGGAUACCAGCACCACUACUAUGUAUACUGAGGAUAAUCAACAACAACAACAUCCCCCGGCUAAGCGGCGUAUUUCCGAAAUGGAAGAUGGCGAGUUGCCAUGA